AUGGCUACAGAAACGAGCCUGAAGAUGAUCAGAAUGUGUGAUGUGAAUUACACCGACGAGUCAGGCUACACACACUUUCACGCGGCCUGCCAGUUUGGCUGUGUCGACGUCGUCCGAGAAUUCCUCGAGCACAGACAGGAUCCCAAUUGUAUCUGGACAGAAACCGGUAAUUCGGCACUAGACAUUGCUUUGAGUAGUGAGGCUGAAUCGAUCAGUGAUAUAAUGGAAAUGCUGCUGAGAGGAGGCGCUGAUCCAAAUUUAGUCAACAAGAAAGGUUUGACACCUUUGCAUAUUAUAGCCAAAGAAGUCUUUCAUUGUGAGAUAGUAGAGCUAUUCUUCCAAAUAAACGAUGAAUUGAAUCAGCGGGUGCAGGUCGAUGCCCGUGACAAGUUGGGUAAUACACCAAUUCAUUUGGCUUUGAAAUACAGUGAUCGGAAGAAGAUGAUGGAGGUGCUGCUGAGAAGAGGAUUUAGUCUCUGGACACAUUUUAAGUACUCCAAGAGGCAUGUGUAA